AUGUCUGUGGAUAUAUCAGUUUAUAAUGGUUAUGCCCAUGGUGAUAUUUGUCACACCUUUGUAGCUGGUGUGGAUAGUCACUCUGAUUAUUGUGAUCUGGAAGCUGGUGCACAGAUAAAAGCUGCUGUCUACUUGUGCAAUGUCGCUCAAAAGUGUCAUGAUGCCGGUAUCAGUGUUUGCGGUCCAAAUGCUCCUUAUACACCUAUUGCGGAAGCAGUCACGAAAUGUGCCGAUGUAUUUCAGUGCCCGUUUAUGGUAGGCGGAUGGGGACAUGGAAUCGGCCCAUUUUUGCAUCGACCAUCAAAAGUAGUACAUUCAACCCAUGAGUUAGCUUACCAACCACUGGCACGUAUGCUACCUAGACAUACGUUCACCGUCGAACCGUGUAUUUCUCUUCCUAUCAACAAUUCCCGAGUAAAAUUCGAACGGAAUACAAGUUUCUCAGUUCCUGUUAUCUUGGAAGAUGGAUGGACAGUGGUCACUGGUGACAAAGCUUUGAGAGCUCGAUUUUAA